GCGCUGCUUGCAAUCAUCAUUCCCUCCACACAUAACAAAUCCAUCGUACGAAGUAUAUCACUUCUUUCCAUUGACAGAAACACGUACAAUCAAUAUACACACAUUCCAUCUACACGGCAUAUGUUGGGUAACCUUUGGGCAUAAAGGUGGACAUAAGGGCUCUCGUCAUAUUUGAACCCAUUCAUGACAUUCUUUGAAAUAUCAUUCAUUCUCUUCACUCCAGUCUCACCAGCUUGGAUUCUGUAUCCCGUUUCCCGUAUGGUACGAUACCGACUACGAUAAACAUUCAAUUGACUGGCUCGACUGGUAGGUAGAAAGUGGGACAGCUAUCCACUUAUCAAUAACCCCGCCAAAUUUAGAUCCUCAAGCAUCCAUAAAGUGCGAGUAUUGGUAACUGUCUUGGGUUACAUGAAUACACCACUACUUUCAAAAGGCUUUAUUGUUGGAGAGUAACAGCGAAAUCACUAUAUCAUUCUCGAUACACAUUCACCACCUAGGUUGUCAAAGAAAUCUUAAAAUUGUCUACACAGAGCAAUCGCGAAGUCGUCGAGUCCAGUAAGACAUCAUCCUCGAGCCCGAUCACAAGAUUCAAUCUCGACCUCGAAACUCGAGCAUACAGCCUCGAACCUCCAUCAACAUCAACAAUCCGAUUUACAGCACAAACAUGUCUUCCAAUAGAAUGCGUCGUAUUGCCAAAGAGCUGAACGAUAUCGCCAACGAUCCUGGCGCUCAAAUAUUUUGUCAAGCAAGAGAUGGUAAUGAUAGCGAUCUGACCAGCCUUCGAGGUUCUUUUCCAGGUCCACCAGACACACCCUAUGAAGGAGGCACAUACUUAGUUGAUAUCAAGAUUCCCAAUGAAUAUCCAUUCAAACCCCCACAUAUGAAUUUCGCGACCAAGGUCUGGCAUCCAAAUGUCAGCAGUCAGACUGGGGCCAUCUGUCUUGAUACAUUGUCCUCGGCCUGGUCUCCGGUUUUAACCAUCAAGUCCGCCCUCCUUUCCCUUCAAUCUCUUCUCAGCGAACCGGAGCCAAAGGAUCCACAAGACGCCGAGGUAGCCACUAUGUUGAUCAACCACCCUAAGGAGUUUCGAGAGAAAGCACGCGACUGGGCAAUUCAUUAUGCUGGUGCCCCAAGAGUCACCAAAUGGUCUCAGGCUGCCGCCUCAAGCCCCUCAUAUCUCCCUCCGGUCAAACAUCAAUCACAAGAAGAGAAGGCGCGACAGGAGAUGUUGAAAUAUCAAGGAUACAACAAGGCUCUGGUCGAUCGCUUCGUAUCCAUGGGAUUUGACAUUGAAAAGGUAGUCGAUGCAUUCAACUUCGUUCAUAUCGACCGCCAUGGUGGGGAGGAUUACGAAUUAGAGGAGGCUUAUAUGGGUGAUAUCACAGCAAGACUUCUUGGAGAACCAUGACUCAUGAAUGAUCUUCGACAUACAAUGAAUGGUGGUUGGAUGAAUGAAUGAAUGGACAACCAAAAGGAACAUGAAUGGCGCACAACUUUUUAAUCAAAAGAGGCAUAAUACUUUUGCGAUUUAAACGUACGACCGAGAUUCAAGAGAAUAAUUUCAAGCUCAUUGGCUUUCUGUAAAGGUAUACAGAAUUGCUAUAUUAUGAGUACAAUCAAGAAAUGGUGAAGAUAUGGAUGGGGAAACGGCAUCUCGGAAUUUGAGCCUUCUCCAGGAACAAAGCUUCAUUAGUACAGGCGUUGGCAUGGAUAUCUAUCCACAUGGCGUUACGUAUAGCUUUCUACUCAAUUACAUAUCAAAUAUUUAUUCAAUUUUUUGCU